AAUUGGUCACAGAAAGCACCUACGUAUAAUUUUUAUUUUGAUAGAUACAACCCCCUAGUACUACUACCUUAUAUUAACUAGGAUUUUUUUUUUGGUAGCAAAAGCUUAUAUAUUAAUUAGGAUAGUUAUGUUGAAUGAAGUUUUUGAAUUUUCUUCUCUCUUUCCUCUCUUUACAUUAUUAAUAAUGGCUUAAGGGGAAGAGAGAAAAGUGAAACAAAAAAAUAAAGAAUUGUAAAGUUUGUAUCAAAGAUUGGUUCUUUAAGAAAAUAACAUUUGGGUUUUGAGAGAAGAUGGUGGGUGUUUGACUUUGGAGCUGAAGAUGGUUUGCUUUGCUUUUUGAGGUAAUAGUUUGGUGUUCUUGCAAGUGGGUGGCAUUUGGUAGGUCUACAAGUCUGAAUGGUCUUGCUGAUGAGCUGUUGUUUGUUAGAUGUUAAAAACUUUUGAUCUUUGAUAUUGGGAUUUUGCCUGUUUUAGUUUUGGUGUUGAAAAAAGUUGUUUUGAAGUUGAUUGAUCAUUUAUGGUAUAUCUGCUCAUGGAUGUUGGAGUUUGAUUUCUUGAUUUACUACCCCCUUUGAUGGACUUGGAGAAAUUGUCAAUAGAAAACUUGGUAGACUUCACAGGGGAUUUGAAGAGAAUUCUUGAAUUUGAACCUUGUUGUAAGCUGGAGGAGGAGGUAUAGAAGAGAUUUUUUAUUGGUUACAAGGUGUUGUAAGGUUCUGAUUGAAGAAAUGGAUGAAGAAGUUAAUUCUUGGAUUAGGAGAACAAAGUUUUCUCAUACAGUUUGUCAUAGGUUGGAUUCUGCUAGAUUGGGCUCUAUUCCCAUUAGUUCUAUUCAGUCAGGAAGAAUUGCUGGUGCAAAAACUAGACCUGGAACAGGUUCUCUUAAUCCAAGGCCUGAGCCGACCGUUGCGCGUCUUCAGCGCAAUCCAACGACAAAUAAACAGAGGACUGUAUCACCUCAUCCAGAAACACCAGUUCCUGAUACCUUUAAGGAAGCUCGAUCUAGUCAGAAGAGAUUCUCUACUCCAGUUCCACAAAGGAAGGAAUAUGAGAAGAAAAUUGUGAGCAAGUCGUUUCACAAAGAUACCCGCGAAUCAAAAUCACCAACCGGAAGAUCUCCUGGUUCAAGAUCUCCAGCAAAUACAAGUCCCCUUCGGCAUUUCACAUCAUUCAAGUUCCAUGAUAAAUCAAAGGGCCGGAAGGAUUCAGCAUGGAGUAGGUACUUUGAUCAUGGUGUUGGUAGAGUUAGUUCUGUGGAAACAGCAGAUGAACAUACAAUUGAUCUUUCUAAGCUUUUUCUUGGGCUAAGAUUUGCACACGGUGCUCACAGUCAGCUUUACCAUGGGAAAUACAAGGAUGAAGCUGUUGCAGUGAAAAUUAUAAGAUUGCCAGAUGAUGACGAAAUUGGAGCUUUAGCAACUCGAUUGGAGAAUCAGUUUACUAGAGAAGUUACUCUCUUGUCUCGGCUCCAUCAUCCAAAUGUUAUAAAGUUCAUAGGUGCAUGCAAACAACCACCAGUUUUUUGUGUUGUUACGGAGUAUCUGUCAGAGGGUUCUUUGAGAGCAUACCUCCACAAGCUUGAGCGUAAGUCCCUAGUCCUGGACAAAUUGAUUGCACUUGCCAUGGAUAUUGCUCGUGGCAUGGAAUAUAUUCACUCGCAAGGCAUUAUUCAUCGGGACCUCAAACCAGAGAAUAUUCUUAUCGAUGAGGAUUUUCACCUGAAAAUUGCGGACUUUGGAAUUGCUUGUGAGGAGGCAUACUGUGAUCUCCUGGCUGAUGACCCAGGCACUUACCGUUGGAUGGCACCAGAGAUGAUCAAGAGAAAAUCGUAUGGCAGAAAAGUUGAUGUAUAUGGAUUUGGACUCAUUCUGUGGGAAAUGGUGGCUGGAACCAUUCCUUAUGAAGAUAUGACACCAGUACAGGCUGCUUUUGCUGUCGUAAACAAGAAUAUGAGACCACCUAUUCAUGGGGACUGCCCUCCAGCCAUGAGAGCUUUAAUUGAACUAUGUUGGGCUCUGCAACCAGAAAAGAGACCUGAGUUUUGGCAGAUUGUGAAGGUACUGGAGCAGUUUGAAUCAUCAGUCGCUCAUGAUGGGACUCUGACUCUUGUUCAGAAGUCAAUUUGUCAAGAUCACAAGAAAGGGCUUCAUCAUUGGAUCCAAAAGCUUGGUCAUGUACAUCAAACUGCUUCGUUACAUCAAAAUGUUUCAUCAAUGCCCAUGCCAAAACCUAGAUUUGCUUGAAUUUCUGGAUGAUCUGACUUUAAUAGUUUUACCAGGUCUCUGUGUAAUUAAACUGCUUUUGGUUUCAUACCGUUGUAUAUCUCUGUUCCAUUAUUAAGCCAAUGUGAAUUUUUAGACUGUAGGUGUGCAUUGAGGUGGCCUCUGCCAUUUUACCUGAUUGGUACACAAAGUAUGAUCAUUAGUUCUUGAAUGCAAGUGCCAUCUGUAAGGGAUUGUUAUAGCCUUCGUAAUUUUGUAUGAUGGGUACACAAAAUAUGAUCAUCAGAUUUUGGAUGCAAA